UCUCAGUUCGCGUAGUUCCGCGGUGAUGGAUGGUGGAAGGAAAUUGCAUGUGAAAGUGUGAAGUAGUUUAUAAUGGACUUGUGAGGGGUUUCCUGCGUGUAUCUGACAGCAAAGAAGUGGAGAAUUGUGCACGUACGCAAGCUCGUUUCAUUCCAUUGUCGUCACUUAGUCGGCCUCGCACAUUCGUCGCGGAUCAUUGUACGCACAACGUGAUAUAACCUCGCCCGCAAAGAUGUCCCACGAUCACGCAGGUCAUAUAAUGCCGAACAAUACGGGGGGUCAUGCAUCUCACGAUACGCACACGGGUCAUCUGCAUCACGGUAGCAUGGACCACAGCAGCAUGGACCACAGUAUGGAUAAUGGAAAUAUGAAUCGUGGAAAUAUGAAUCACGACGCCUCGAUGCACGAUAUGUGUGGCAGCAUGAGUCCGCACGGUAUGUCGAUGACAUUCCAUGCCGGCUAUUGCGAAGCGGUAUUAUUCGAGAAUUGGAAAAUCUCGACAAUCGGCGGUCUCGUCGGCUCGAUGAUCGGUAUUAUUAUCAUGGCGGCGCUCUAUGAAGGAUUGAAGUACUAUCGAGAAUACUUGUUCUGGAAGACGUAUAACUCUUUGCAGUACAGAAGCGUCACAGUGCCCACCGAGAAGAAUGUGGUGGCCGAAGAUAACCGAGUCGUUCAUAUGGUUGGCGAAGUAAUCCACAAGCAACCGCCAACUAUGCUGUCCUGGAUGCAUGUGUUUCAAACGUUUCUGCAUAUCGUGCAGAUAGUCUUAUCUUACUUUUUGAUGCUAAUCUUCAUGACUUACAAUGUCUGGCUGUGCUGCGCUGUGGUAUUGGGUGCCGCCAUCGGUUACUUCCUGUUUGGUUGGAAAAAAUCAGUGAUCGUAGACGUUACGGAACAUUGUCAUUAGCAUUCAGUAAAUUGCUUUAAAUUUACUCUUCCUAAAAACUACAUUCGCACGAAGUUGCGUGUGCUACUGUAUUACGGUGGAAAUCCGUUUGAAUGAAAAAAAAAAAA